GCGCAGAAUACUCAAAUUACUUUUUCGCAAGAAGUAGGUGGAAGUUACUGAGACUGAUGACUUGAGCUAGAAGUUGAACCAAGUCAUAGUUUGUGCGUAUCGAUUUUUACAGGAGCCCACGACGGUGUGCAAGGUUAUGACUGCCUGCUAAAGAGCUAUCUGGAAAUUUACUCUUGGAAAGAAAUUGGCUUGCUAGCUCUAGACAAGAACCGACAAUGAUAGCAUCGCAUCUGUUGGCUUACUACUUUACGGAACUCCACCAUGACCAGGUGCAAAAAGUGGACAAGUACCUAUACCAUCUGCGUCUGUCCGAGGAGAGCCUGAUGGAUGUGUCGGUGAGAUUCCGUCGGGAAAUGGACAAGGGCCUUGGCCGUGACACCAACCCCACGGCAGCUGUGAAGAUGCUGCCUACGUUUGUUCGCUCCACUCCCGAUGGAACAGAAAAGGGAGACUUCUUGGCCCUUGACCUUGGUGGGACCAACUUCCGUGUCCUGCUCGUGAAGGUCUCAGACAAUGGCAAGCAGAAGGUGCAGAUGGAGAACCAAAUCUACGUCAUCCCUGAGGAUAUGAUGAGGGGCAGUGGGAUAGAGCUCUUCGACCACAUUGCGGAGUGUCUUGCCAACUUCCUGGAUAAGCUGGGCAUAAAAGACAAGAAACUUCCUCUGGGGUUCACCUUCUCCUUCCCCUGCCAGCAGAACAAGCUGGACGAGAGUAUCCUGGUGUCGUGGACUAAGGGGUUCAGGUCCAGUGGCGUGGAGGGGCAGGACGUGGUCAGCCUGCUAAGGAAAGCCAUCGCAAGGCGAGGGGACUUUGAUAUUGAUAUUGUAGCUGUGAUUAAUGACACUGUCGGCACCAUGAUGACCUGUGGCUAUGACGACCAUCACUGCGAAAUAGGUCUCAUCGUAGGCACCGGCACCAACGCCUGCUACAUGGAGGAAAUGCGUCACCUGGAGCUGGUGGAGGGGGACGAGGGCCGCAUGUGCGUCAACAUGGAGUGGGGCGCGUUCGGGGACGACGGGUCCCUGGACGACCUGCGCACCGACUUUGACCGCGAGAUCGACGCCGGCUCGCUCAACCCGGGGAAGCAGCUGUUUGAGAAGAUGAUCAGUGGCAUGUACAUGGGGGAGCUGGUCAGACUGAUCCUGGUGAAGAUGGCCAAGGAACAGCUCCUGUUCCAGGGACACACCACCCCCUCCCUGCUCACCACGGGGCAUUUCAAAACCAGCUUCGUCUCUGCCAUCGAGAACGACAAGGACAAGGAGGGUCUGGUGAGUGCAGAGCAGGUUCUCCUGGAGCUGGGCCUGGCUCCGUCUGCCGAGGACUGUGUGGCCGCCCAGAGGGUGUGUCAGAUCGUGUCGACCCGCGCCGCCCACCUGUGCGCCGCCACGCUGGCCGCUGUGCUGAGACAGAUCCGAGAUAACAAGGCGGCCGAGAGGCUGAGAACCACCAUCGGGGUGGACGGCUCCGUGUACAAAAAUCACCCGCAGUUCGCCCGGAGGCUCCACAAGCUGGUGCGUCGGCUGGUGCCGGACUGCGACGUACGCUUCCUGCGCUCGGAGGACGGCAGCGGGAAGGGCGCCGCCAUGGUGACGGCAGUGGCGUACCGCUUGGCGGCGCAGCAGGCGGAGAGGCAGCACAUCCUGGACUCGCUGCGGCUCGGCCGCGAGCAGCUGCUGGAGGUAAAGAGGAGGAUGGGGGAGGAAAUGACCCGAGGCCUGGACAGGAAGUCGCAACAGGACGCCACCGUCAAAAUGCUGCCCACCUACGUCAGGUCCACCCCAGAUGGCACAGAGCGUGGAGACUACCUGGCUCUGGAUCUGGGCGGGACUAACUUCCGGGUGCUGCUGGUGCGCGUGCGAGGGGGCAAGAGACGCAGCGUGGAGAUGCACAACAAGAUCUACGCCAUCCCCCAGGACACCAUGCAGGGGACCGGAGAGGAGCUGUUUGACCACAUAGUGCAGUGCAUCGCUGAUUUCUUGGAGUACAUGGGCAUGAAAGGAGCGUCCCUCCCUCUGGGGUUUACAUUCUCCUUCCCCUGUCAUCAAAACAAACUAGACCAGGGUAUCUUGCUGAAGUGGACCAAGGGUUUCAAAGCCUCGGGCUGUGAGGGGGAGGAUGUGGUGGCUCUGCUGAAGGAUGCCAUCCGCCGUAGAGAGGAGUUUGACCUGGACGUGGUCGCCGUGGUGAACGACACUGUGGGGACCAUGAUGACCUGCGGCUACGAGGACCCCCUCUGUGAGGUGGGCCUCAUUGUAGGCACCGGCACCAACGCCUGCUACAUGGAGGAGAUGCAGAACGUGGAGCUGGCGGAGGGGGACGAGGGCCGCAUGUGCGUCAACAUGGAGUGGGGCGCUUUCGGGGACCGCGGGGAGCUGGACGAGUUUUGCACCGAGUUUGACAGAGCGGUGGACGACCGGUCCACUAAUCCGGGCAAACAGAGGUAUGAGAAGAUGAUCAGUGGUAUGUACCUGGGGGAAGUGGUGAGGAACGUUCUGCUGGACUUCACCUCCAAGGGCUUGCUCUUCAGAGGCAAGCUGUCUGAGCGCCUCAAAACCAGAGGCAUAUUUGAGACCAAGUUUCUCUCCCAGAUCGAAAGUGACCGCCUGGCCCUGCGGCAGGUGCGCUCCAUCCUGCAGCACCUGGGCCUGACCAGCUCCACCUGUGAGGACAGCAUCCUGGUGAAGGAGGUGUGCAGCGUGGUGGCCCGCCGAGCCGCCCAGCUCUGUGGAGCCGGCAUGGCUGCCGUGGUCGACAAGAUCCGGCUCAACCGCAACCUGGAGCAUCUUCGCGUCACCGUGGGGGUCGACGGCACCCUGUACAAGCUGCAUCCACAUUUCUCCAGUAUCAUGCACGACACAGUGUCGGACCUGGCGCCGCAGUGCGAGGUGACCUUCCUCCAGUCGGAGGACGGCAGCGGGAAGGGAGCGGCGCUCAUCACGGCGGUGGCAUGCAGGAUCAGGGACGCGGGCCAGCACUGAGGUGGCGCCACCAUAGGGACGGGAGGAGAAAGGGAAACGGACUGACAUGACAAGCUGCUGGCUGUACUGACCUUUUCUUUUGUUGUUUUGGGUGAUUUUUCUUAUUUAAUUUGAUCGAAAGGAUGGGUUUCUGCGUGCGCAAAUGUAUUAAAUGUCCUCCUGGCAUGCAGAAAGAUUCUAUAUGCUUUGAUGAAAUGUUGCUGAUUGAGUUGGGUCUUCACAGCGUACAGAAGAGACUUGUGAUACUUGCAAAUUAAUGUGACCAUUGAUACUUGUCUACUGUUGCUUUGAUAGUUUAUUUUAAAUGCUUUUCAUAAAAUAUAAUAUUCUAAUAGUGUUGUCCUUAUCUUACUAAUGGAACAUGUCUGUCUUGAACUGAGUUAGGAAGGAGAAUUAACUUUCACAAUAUUUUUUGGUUAGUAUAUUAGCUGUCAAGCGGUUUAGAACUCAUUUUAUUUCCCCUGUCAAUGUAGAUCCAUAUUGUGAGUGUGACUCCUGCGGUUGUUCUGUGCCUGAAGGCUUUUCUUCCUCUUCGUGAGCCCAUCUUAUAGUCUUGAUUUGUUUAUCAGGAUAGCACAAUGAUAUAAUGUUGCUCUCUCUCACCCACAUACCCUCUAUAUGGGUAGUUGCACAUCAAAUUUCGUUUUUUAACAUAAUUCAGUUUAAACUGGUACCUCUAUGCUACUUCCAGCUAUAUCAUCAACAUUCUGUGAUAAUAAUGACCAUUCAGAGAGAUUGCACAGUGCCUGUACAGGAAGUGAUGCAUGCUCCAGGUGUAAGCGGGGAGCAGGUGGGUGGACAGCAGAAGAUACCAGAGAGGUCGAGUGCCGGGUGAAAAGAAGCAGUUGCCGGUGCUAAUCAACUGAGCAUCUGUGAUCUCAAAUACCUCUUUGGCCAGACAGCAGCUACACGGGUUCAAAAAGGUUAUUGCUCACAAGGAAGGGACUCUUAAGUCAUUUGAUCCAAACAUAUUUUGAUGAAAGGUUUACCUUUUAAUUGUUUUGUCCAAUUUUGUCCCCUUAAUCCCAAAGCGGUACACUUACAAAGGUUAUUGGUAUUGAUUAUUGGUUUUAGCACUAUUACCAGUGCCAUGAUUGUUGUUAAUACCUAUUUGAUUGCCACACAAUUCCUGUGCCUCAAACCAACUAAUGCCUGAUCUCUUUUAAAAAGGCGUGCUAUUUUUAUCAGUUAAGCGCCAAUCAGGACGGGGUUAAGUACCUUGUGCAGCUGCUUUUUUAAGAGGGAGAAAAAUGUAUAGGCUUGGAAAUAGCAAGUAGGUCUGUGUAUAAGGCCGUAAGGAUAACAGUCAAAUUAAAUUGUGUAUUUAAAUUGUGUGAUCUUUUAUGAUUAGCGGCAUAUCUGAAGCAGCAGAACAAUUCAAUGACGCUACGCCACAAAUGACUUGAGUUUGAAAGCAGGGAAAACGGCUGAAGUGAGCCCUGCUCUCAUCCUCGUGUAACUGAACAACGGAAUACCCCUGGACUAACUCACUAAAGCCUUACUAACCUGGAGACUGGUAAACCAAAGCCAGACUAUCCCUAAAGACUGGUAAACCAAAGCCUAACUACCCCUAAAGACUGGUAAACCAAAGCCUAACUACACCUGGAGACUAGUAAAACAAAGCCUAACUACCCCUGGAGGCUGGUAAACCAAAGCCUAACUACCCCUGGAGACUGGUAAACCAAAGUUUUGAAGAAAAAGAGGCCUGCACACUUUUCUCUCUGCGGGGAAUGCAUCAGAAAACGGUUCUAUUAAAACCAAUUAACCAAGAACCUAUAACCAAGGGCUCCAAGAUAUCUAGGCUUCCCUUGACACAAUUUUGAUCAACAACACGAGUCGUGUGUCUGUAGGCUUUGCUCAAUAUGUUCAUCCUAAAUUAAGAAAAAAAAAAUGCACAAACAAAAUGUUCAUAGUAGACAAGGCUACUGUAUAUUGGGAUAGAUGAGAGACAUUUAUUUAAUUUGGUAAAAUACAUCUUGUGGUACAAUAGUGUGUAAAUCGUAUUUUAGUCUGAGAGACAGUAAAGACAGGGAGUGGUCUGUCAGAGAUGGUUCUUUCAUCUGAAAGCUUUGUGGUUGACCUGGAAAUGAAGACCUACGUGGAGCCCAUUGAUAGAAACUAUGCUUUCUCUUUCAGUUUGAAUGCAUCUGUGUUGUGUAAGUGGGAGGGAGAAGGCAGAUAUGGCCAGUUUAAUGGACCUACCGUGACAACGCUGUCAGUCAAACCAUGUUGUAAUGGCCUGUGUUUUGCAUAUCGCCCAGAGAGUAAUAAUCAAAUAUGCUUGUCUUUUAAAUCAGAUAUUCCAACGUACAAAUGAGAGGGACAGCCAGUGCUGCGUGUGAUUGUGACAUGAGAAAAUGCUUAUCGUUUCAUUCAUUUUUGAUACCACUGAUUGCACAUUCAUUACAUUGUUGUUAUAACAAGCUUGUCCGAGCUGUCUGGAAAUGGGAAUGCUCUCGUUAAUUAAUUUAUGGUUGGGGAAACACAAGUGAGAGCAACAAGCUUUUCUCUUCGAUGUAUAUUUAUGAUCACUGUUAUGAUGCAGAACUGAAUGCAGUCGUCUGCAGUAGCGUACUCUGGGGCGAAACAAAUUUAAAGGCCACCAGCAGCAUAUGGUGUGUCACAGGGGCGUUGCUAAACAUGAAACUCUACUGGGGCUCAGGCCCCUCAUUAGAGCUACUCAUCACUUUUUUGCGGCGUACAAGGAGGCUUGCGGCGUACAAGGAGUGUGCAACACAAUGCAACCCCCCCCCUGAGUCCACCACUGGUUGUCUGCAGUAGACAACAAACAUUGCACAUGAAAAUACAGCUAGGCUACUUGCAUCAUGAAAGAGGCGCUAUCAGACAUUCUAGAAUACUGGGCUACUGCAUCCAUCCGAUACAACUCUGGGAACAGUGCUGCUUGGAUAGACAAACAGUCAGCCUGCAACCCUGUCAUUUGCAGACAGGCAGAUUGUUUGAUGGGCCUCUGGUUAGAGGAAACACACUUCCCCUUACAGCUCAAACAAACUUGUAUUGUACUUGCAAACUUUUUGUAGAGCAAAAGACGUGUUCUGAACAGUAACUAAGUCAAUUACGAGGAAAUAUGAGAAAACGCGACUCCCAAUGUCAACACACUGCAGGGCUUACACCACAUACCUAUGAUCUUCCUAUGAUUACGGUUUCAGAUGGCUUUUGUUUUCAUUGAAGUAAUGUGUGGACAUAAUUUAUACAAUUAUCAUGACUGUCAUGAUCCCUGUGAGACGCACAGCACGGUCAUUCUAAAGGUGCUUCUUGGGGAAGCAUCAGUGAAGUCAAAUGUCAGAGUAACUGUCACUUUCAUCUGAUGCCAUUUUGUUUCCAAGACGCAAUUAAACAUGUUUCCCAUCACCCCCCGCCCCAUGCUCCACCAAUCAUGGACAAUAUCUCAUUGGUCAGGCAAACCUUUGCUUUCAGUGCUACAAUUUAAAAAAAGAAAUGUGAUAUCUACUGACACAUUAAUCUUAUUCAUUAAUAUUCAGAAUGUUUAAUACUUGAAUUGAAACUCGUACAUUUGACUGGAGUUCAAUGGUUUGGAAUCUUAAAGCAGGCUACUUUUGUUACACCAUUGUUUAAUGCAUAUUGUCAAGAAAGUGCCAACACUCAAUACACAGGUAUUAUUA